AUGAACGAUAGUAUGUCUGAACAAGAAUAUAGGAGCCUCGAAAAAGAGGUUCAAUUAGAUGACCUUGACUUCUCUGACUUGGAAGCCAAGUAUGCAGUUAAUUCUGAUUUUGGUAUGGAUAAUUAUGUUGUUGUCGAUGGUGCUCCAAUUGCUCCAGAAGCCAAAGUUCCUAUUUUAAUCAAGGUUUUAAAGAAAUUAUUUAACACUGUUGGUGAAGUCGUCGAAGGUGAUGAAGGAAUUUACAUGCCAUUGGAAGAUGGUAAGUCCAAGGGUUAUUUGUUUGUUCAAUUUAAGACCGCUCAAAUGGCAGAAGCUGCUAUCCAACAAUUACAUGGUAAGAAAUUAGAUCAAAAGCACAGAUUAUUAGUCAACAAAUUAAGUGAUAUUGAAAAGUUUGGUGCAGAAGGGAAUGUUGAAAACGAUUUCCAUGAACCUGAAAUUCCACCAUUCAAGAGUCAUGGUUAUUUGAGGUCGUGGUUACAAGAUGAGCAAGGUCGUGAUCAAAUGGCUUUGCACUUUUCUGAAACUCUUGGUGUUUAUUACAACAAGAAGAAGAACGACCCAGAACCUGUUAUUGAACCAAGAAAGGGAUUUACUUCCAAAUAUGCCAAGUUCUCUCCAUUAGGUACAUAUUUGUUCUCCGUUCACCCACAAGGUAUCCAAUCAUGGGGUGGUGAUGGCUUCCAAAGUAUUACUAAGUUUAUCCAUAAUCAAGUUCGUUUAAUUGACUUUUCUCCAAACGAAAAGUUCAUGGUUACUUUAUCCCCACUUCCAAUUGCCUUACCAGAUGAUCCAGCAGAGAGAUCUAUUUUCCCAUUCGGCCCAGAAAGUAACGGUCAUAAAUUAGUCAUUUGGGAUAUGGCAACUGGUGAACCUGCCAGAACUUUUGCAUUACCACCGCAUUUAGAAGGUCAGAAGGAUAUGCCAUGGCCAUUAGUCAAAUGGUCGCAUGACGACAAAUACUGUGCCCGUCAAGGACCUGGUGCUUUAGCCAUUUAUGAAACUCCAUCAUUCCAAUUGUUGGAUAAGAAAUUAGUCAAGAUUGAUGAUAUUGUUGACUUUGAAUGGGCUCCAGCCGCUGUUCAUCUUUCUGACUCUAAGGUAAAGGAAGGUGAGUACAUUUUGUCGUACUGGACUCCUGAAAGUUCUAAUCAAACGGCAAGAGUCGCCUUGAUGCAAAUUCCAUCCAGACAAGUUAUUAGAACCAUCAAUUUGUUCCAAGUCAGUGAUUGUAAAAUGCACUGGCAUGGUGAAGGUAAGUUCUUGUGUGUUAAGGUUGAUCGUCAUACCAAAUCCCGUAAGACAUUUUUCUCUAAUUUAGAAUUCUUCAAAGUUACUGAAAAGGAUAUUCCAGUUGAAAAAUUAGAGUUGAAGGAUGUGGUUUUCAACUUUGCAUGGGAACCAAGAUCAGAAAGAUUCAUCACUAUUUCCAGAUUAGAUGAUGGUAAUCAGAAUCCAUCUAUUGCGAAAAAUACUAUUUCCUUUUAUGCACCACAAGUCCUGUCGAAGGGUAGAGUUACAAGCUCGAAAUACACAUGUUUCAAGGAAGUUCAUGAUAAGCAUUCUAACACAGUUUGCUGGUCUCCAAAGGGUAGAUUUGUUGUUGUUGCUACAAUUUCUAAGUCUAGUGGUGAAUUGGAAUUCUAUGAUUGUUCGUAUGAAGAAGAUAAACCAGCCAAUAGUAAAGUCAACGGUAAUGUUAAAUUAUUAAAGGCAGAAAAAUACUCUGGUAUGACUAACUUAGCAUGGGAUCCAUCAGGAAGAUUCGUCGCUGCUUGGUCUUCAUCUUGGGCUCAUUCUAUAGAAAAUGGUUAUAGAUUAUUUGAAUUCACUGGUAAUAUGUUGAAGGAUAACAGUAUUGACCAUUUCAAAGAAUUUAUCUGGAGACCAAGACCAGCUUCUUUAUUGAAUGCUGCUGACAGAAAGAAAGUCAGAAAGAACUUACGUGAAUAUAGUGCUCAAUUUGAUGAAGCUGAUGCCAUGGAAGCUGAUGCCGCUAGUAGAGAAGCUAUCUUAUUACGUCGUAAGUUGUUAGAAGAAUGGAGAUCUUACAGAGCUAAGCAUGCUGCUAACGGUUCCAAGAAGAAUGAAGUCCAGGCUGAAAUCAUUGAGGAAAUCAAAGAAGAAAUCAUUGAAGAGAAAGAAGAAGUUGUUGAAUAG